AUGCAGGCGAUGAAGGAACAGAUGGAAGUUAUGAUGAACGCUCUUAAGGGACGAGUGUCCAGUGAUCUUGAUGACCUCGUUAACCGAAUUGACUUGCCGUUCACCGCUCCCGUCAACUCCUUCCCCCUGCCUAGUAAGUUCUGCAUACCACAAAUAGACAGUUAUGACGGGGUCAGGGACCCUCUAGACCAUCUAGAGACCUUUAAGACCCUGAUGCACCUUCAAAGAGUAGCAGAAGCGAUCAUGUGUAGGGCUUUCCCUACAACGCUGAAGGGUGCGGCAAGAAUUUGGUUCAGCUGGCUGACGCCCAACUCCAUCAGCACCUUCAAGGAGCUAAGUGCUCAAUUUAUUGCACACUUCAUUGGAGGACAUCGAUACAAGAAGUCUACGGCUUGCUUAAUGAGUAUCAAACUGCGAGAGGAGGAAACAUUGAGAGCCUACGUAUCCCACUUUAAUAAGAAGGCACUCUCGAUUGAUGAAGCCAACAACAAGAUACUUGUAGCGGCAUUCACGAAUGGGCUGAAGAAGGGUAAGUUUUUGUUCUCCCUGUACAAAAAUGAUCCGAAAACCAUGUUAGAAGUGCUUUACAGGGCCACCAAAUAUAUGAACACUGAAGACGCGUUGUUGGCCCAAGAAGAAAGGCCAAAGAAAAGAGAAAGGCAAGAAGACACCUGGCAGGACCAAGACCGGAAGAAAGUAAGGAUAGGAGACCGAAGGGAUGAAAGACGCCCUAAGCCCCUGGGGGGAAGAUUCACUCCGUUGACCGCCUCAAUAGAUCAAGUCCUAAUGCAAAUCGAGGACGAGGGGGCUCUGACGUUCCCUAGAAAGUUGAAGAGUGAUCCCAACAAACAGCCUAAGGAUAAAUAUUACUGCUUCCACUGUGACCAUGGUCACGACACAACCGAUUGCUAUGACCUAAAACAGCAAAUUGAGGCCCUUAUCAGACAAGGAAAACUGCAGAAGUUCAUUAGUAAGGAGAGAACAGAUCCACCUCACAAGACUAACACCCCCGAUGGGAUAAUGAGCGACCGAGACCCCCCAUAG